AUGCCCAAAGUGGUGAAACCUUCAAAACAGCGACAUGAUCCACUUCAUGUCCAGAUCGAUGCGGACGAGUCACUGAGGAAGUUCGGUAGACCGAGUAAACCCAGUAAGAAGAAGUCGAGAGAGGAUGAAGAGCUGGAUGAUGAGCCUAAAGCAGAAGACGCUCGAAUGUCCAGGAAGAUUCUCGACUUAGCUAGAGAGCAGCAGGAAGAGGUUAAUCGAGAAUUGGGUCAUGGUGAUGACGAUGACGAGGCUUGGGAAGAUGAGGAUGAAGCUGAACCAUCGAGAAGACCCAGAGAGAUGGCUCAAAUCCCAAGUGAUGAUGAGGAUGAAGACGAGUUUGAGGAAGGUGAUGUCUCAGGUGACGAAUAUGCUGAGCUUGAGAUCGACCCAGCAGAUCACGCUACGUUAGAUGCGUUGAAUGCAGGUCAUAACCAAGCUGGAACUUCGGAUGAACCUGGCGAACCACCGAAAACUUUAGCGGAUCUGAUUUUCAGUAAGAUGGAAGGUGGCGCAGUGAGCAAAGGACUCGAAGAUGAGGAUGAGGGACCACCCGAUCCCAAAAAGGGGCUUAAUCCAAAAGUCAUCGAAGUAUAUACCAAAGUCGGAUUCCUCUUAUCUCGAUACAAAUCUGGACCUUUACCCAAAGCGCUCAAAAUCUUACCUUCUCUCCCUCAUUGGGCGCAGUUACUAGCCUUAACAAAACCUACCGAAUGGACCCCUCACGCCACUUUCGCAUGUACCAAGAUAUUCGUAUCGAACUUGAAACCUACCGAAGUACGGGUAUUCUUAGAGGGUGUCUUACUGGAUAAAUGCCGAGAGGAUAUGAGGAUGAAUGGAGGGAAACUGAAUGUACAUCUGUAUGAGGCGUUGAAGAAGGGUUUAUACAAACCUGCCGCGUUCUUCAAAGGGAUCUUGUUCCCUCUUUGUGAGACCGGCUGUUCACUCAAGGAAGCUGCUAUAGUAGCAUCCGUCUUAUCGAAAGUAUCUGUACCCGUCUUACACUCUGCUGCUGCUUUGUUGAGAUUAGCUUCAAUGGAUUAUUCAGGGCCUAAUUCCUUAUUCAUACGUAUAUUGUUAGAUAAGAAGUACGCCUUACCGUACAAAGUGGUGGAUGCGUUGGUAUUCCAUUUCAUCAGAUUAGCGAAUUCUCAAAGAAGUAGAACGGGUGAAGAUAAAUUACCUGUUUUGUGGCAUCAGAGCUUAUUGGUUUUCGUGCAGAGGUACGGAUCAGAUUUAACACCCGACCAGAAAGACGCUUUGUUGGAUGUCAUUCGAUCGAGGCCCCACCCCACGAUCAGUUCAGAGAUCAGGAGGGAAAUCGUGAACUCGGUCGAAAGGGGUGCACCAAGACCUGAGGAUGGUGAAGAUGUCUUGAUGCGUUAG